UGUGAGGAAUACUAAUCAACCUGUUUGCCGUCAAGUGCAGCAGGCAGCUCGGUGCGCAACUUAGGACUUUUCCAUUCAGCACGCACUGACAGCUCUCCCGCCAGCGUCUCGCGAACAAAAUGGGAAUUUCACCGUAUACCACCGCGGCGCCUUUCUCUUUUGACUGAACCGUGAGUGGGGCCGUUCCCACUUCAGUCUCCUUGGAUCGUUUGGUGUGAUGUGAGACAAGGCGCCGGAAAGAUUGGAUCUGGGAAGAGACAGCUCACUACUCCACCACCUCUAGCGAGGGAAGCCCCCCACGCGUUGCGCGCCUGGAUCAUCGGGGGUUUAUAUAUAUAUAUAUAUUUCUAUACACGUUCUCGCACCCGGUUGCGCGCGCGCGCGCGCGGUGCACUUACACGUGUGCGUUCAAAAAGCCCUCGGACUCCGUCCUCAACAGUUGCCACCAGAAAGAGGGAGAGAGAGGGAGACGGCAGACUGAGGACCGGACGGACGCCGCUCUGCCCGGCUCUGCUCCUGACAUGCAGUCGCUCAUUUCUCCGGUGACCAAAGCCAUCCUAGUUGCGCUCUUCAUCUUCGCCAUCCUGCUGAUUCUCUAUGUGAUCCUGUGGUACAUCUGUAGGGACGUGGACUGCGACCACGGAAUUUGAGGAUUCCGUUAAAGCGGGGGAAAUAACGGGAAAACCCCCCCAAUGGGGCGCACAGAGAAACCCAAAGAGUCCUGUCUCAUCCCUGAUGCCCAGACAAGAUGGCAAGGUUGCCAUAGUGACAGGAGGAGGCAGGGGAAUCGGCUAUGAGGUGGUCCGGCACUUGGCGAGACUCGGAGCACACGUUAUUAUAGGUGGAAGGGAUGAGCAGGAGGGUCUUGCUGCCAUCAAAAGGAUUUGUGGAGACUACAAGGAGGCCAAAGUGGAGUUUGAGAAAUUGGACCUCGCUUCACUGCAGUCUAUCCACCAAUUUGCUGAAAGGUUCAAGAAGAGGGACCUGCCACUGAAUAUCUUGGUAAAUAAUGCCGGUGUGAUGCUGGUUCCUGAGGGCCGAACCGAGGAUGGGUUUGAGCAGCACUUUGGUGUAAACUACCUGGGUCACUUUCUGUUGACCUGGCUCCUCCUGGACACUCUGAAGGAUUCUGGGAAGUCCGGUCCCGUCUCCUGUGUGGUCAGCGUUUCGUCGUCGGCUCACUCCGUCGGGAAAAUCACACUGAAUGACUUAAAUAGCUGCCAACAUUAUUCAGCUCAUGCUGCUUACUGUCAAAGUAAACUGGCCCAGGCGUUGUUCAGCUGCCACCUUCAACAGGAGAUGCAUAGAGACGGUUCUCCAGUGGUUUCAUGCGCCGUGGACCCGGGCAUGGUGGACACUGCUUUAUAUCAACAUCUCUGCACACCUUUACGUUUGGCACAAAGUCUAAUCGCUCGGCUCUUUUUCAGGACUCCUGCAGAGGGCGCUGCCACUGUACUGUCAGCUGCUUUGUCACCAGCCCUUAAUGGGGAUCUUGGAGGAGGCUAUUGGGCCAACGGGCGAAGGGAGAUGACCAGCGCGUCUCCAUUUGACUCCCAGCUUCGACUAAGUUUAUGGGAGAUCAGCCUCCAGUUGCUGGGAUUACAAUAGCAGGGGACGCUAAAAUGCCCAACAGGACUAAACCUAUUUGAAAGCAUCACAUAAAGACCUUAAACUUGGGCCUACAUUCUUUCUUACCCUUUUUUAAAAUCAUUUUCCAAAUCUCACAUGAAGGUGUUGGUUGCAUGGAUCGGACUGUGAUUGGUGUGUAGGGUUUGGCAAGGUUUGUUCCAGACCUGCUUAUGAAGGGCUUAAGGGAAUGGAAGAUGUCUUUAUGUUUUGUUUAUAUUUCUACAGUAUAUGCAGACUCACUGCGAGAUUUGAAGCAGCUGCCCUGUUCUUCUAAAACCAGACAUACAUUUGUGACAUCUAGUAGAAUUACCAGAGAACCAGAUUUGUCUAAUUAGUAAAUUUCUUCCUUGAUGUCAUUAAAUGGGCAUCUACAAUUAGCUAAAUGUAAGUGAUGCAGGGCAAUAUUUAACUAUAAGAUACAGAUUUCUAGAUUAAAUAUUGAUUAAAUAGUGCACAUUAGUAAAUUAGUGUUUAUAGUUUAAGGAUAUACAGAUAAAUACCAAAACUUAAUUGAACCAGUCUGCUUUACUGCAGAAAGAAAACAUGUUAUAAUUAAUUGAGAUAAUACUUAAAUGCCUCCUUUUUCACUCAUAGCACCUUAAUUUUGUCUCUCAUUCUUGAGCUUUUACUGUAUAAGCUGUCAAGAAACCUUAAAUCUAUUCACUUUAAAGACAUUAUUUAGCACUUAAGAAAGCAUCUAGAAGGAGAUGUGAUCGUUCUCUUAGACGAACAGACCUGAACUUGGAAAAAGUGUUUCCUUCAGCCAGUAAAUGAUUUACAUUUAGAGGAGAAUUUAUUCCAAACCCAGGAUUUCUAGAUGUUUCUUUUUCUUUGUCGGCUCAGACACAAAAAAGGAAAGAGUGGCGGAAUCGUCCUCUUUUUAAAUCGCUCAUCAGUUUUCUUUGUGAUCUGUUAUUUGCUCUUGCGUUGGGGAAAUGUGCGCACAUUAUUCACAGAAGUCUAGGAUUAGCUCUUACUGACCCAAUAAAUGCUGAUGGGCAUCUGAACAAUAAUCAGCCUCCAAGGACGGGGGAAAAAAACAGAAAGCACUUUAUUCUUUUAGAUUUUUUUUUUUUUUCCUAGCACACAAACUGUGAUUCGUUACCCAUAGAUGCAGCUAAUGCUGCUUCCUCAUUUGGCGCCACUCCCAGUGCAUUGUGGGAUUGAAAAAUCCCCGUGGUGAGAAUCAAACUCUAGCUGGUGAGCUGACACAGACACUCGCCCAAAAACACUGGAAGCAGCACAUCCAGGCGAAGGCUUAUCUAGCAAACAAACACAGCUGUCUCUUAUGCAGGAAUACACCCUCACACAAGUUGUGCCAUAAUGCCAUCUCCACUGUGAUUAAUGCAUUUUAGCAUUGAAGAUCAAACGUUUAUCUCAAAUUGACAUGUUUAGGCUAAAUUCUUUGCCAUUUAGCAUCCAGCCUUUUAUCAUAAUUUCCUGUGUAUAAAGCAAUAGAAUCACUGUGGUAGCUAAUUUAGCUACUGGCACAGACAUUCAGAAUAGAGGCAGAGUGUGAACCGGUAGAAAAAAGGAGAAGAUGCCUCAAAUUCCCCAUAUAUCAGGAAUUUGACAUUUCUCUGUCUAACUGUGUGAAGAUGUUUAAAGAGAAGAUUUUUAAUCUAAGUUCUUUGAAGUAACUACAUUCAAUACUGUUCAGGCUUUUCUGAAGCAGGGUCUGGAUCCUUUUAGGAAUGCAGCUCACAAAGUCCUCUCCAGGAAACUGUGAGGUCAAACCAAAUUUGUUACUCCUCCUCAAUAGAGAAUUCAGAUAAUGUUGUGUUUUGUCCUUUUCUUGUUCAUUUAUUUGGAUGGCUAAAGCUAGGUGGAGACUUCAUUAUACUGGCCUGGUUGUUUUUGUAAAAGUAUUUUCAGAUUCCUGACAUAAACCUGGAGUAAGUAGUAACCUGCAAGUCAAGGCUCUGUUUCUCAGCAUUUGUCAACUUUUGUCAAAGUCAGGGGUUAUGAAAAAGGAAGGGUUCAGUUUUAGGUUCAUAGUAAAGACAUUUCUAAAUCUGAAGAUCAAGAGUCCUAGAACACAGACAAGUCUGGAUAGCUCGUCCGGUGAUUAUAAUAUUUGCUAAUCACUUUUCAAGAAAUUAUGGUUUCAAAAUUGCUAAGGUUUCAAAUAUUUUUAACAAGAGGUCAGAGGAAGUGAUUGAGUUACCUGUAUUGCCGCCUCCUCAAUCAGUUGCUGAGCAUUGCUGGUCAGCUGGCCGAAAGAAGACUUUUCCUUACAAGAAAGACAAUUUUUUUUUGGGAAAGUUUUCAGUAGUUGAAAAACACAGACAGUCAUGGUGUGAUUUUACACAUCCUCAGUGCAGACUGAGCGUAUGCAUAACAUAACAUGAGCUUAAGCAACGAUCCUAUCGGAUCACUGUUGCAUUUAUGUACAUUUCAUAAGAAUAAAAGAAAUGUAUUAUGUGAUACAUUUUCAUGCAAAAAGACAGGUCUAUAGGUUAGAGUUCACAUUCAAUGUGUGCCUCACAAAGCUGGAGAUAAAAUCACACAUGCUAAAGUAUCAGAUGAGUACAAAGGUAACGCUUGAACGUCCUCUAUGAUUGUAUAAUUGCAAUACUCAUACAUGGACUUUAUGUCAACACCCUUAAAGUGUGUUGUGUCAUUGUUGGCUUUAAUCGAAGGAAACAUUUGUCUUGCACUGACAUUUUUGAGGAAGAGAACAGGUUGACAAUUUACUGUGAUACAUUUUAGCAAACUUGCAGACCCUUGGUUGUUUAGCAACAUUAGAGCCAGGUUAAUCAGUAAAUAUGACAAAAUAUUAAGUUGUGAUGCUCUUGCAACUUCUCCGGGUCUGACUACUAUUUAAUAUUAUGGUUUUGAUAUAAUGCAAACGCACCAGAAGUCCAGUAAAUGGGUUACCUCCACCUUGACCUGUCAGAACAGUUUUGUGUCGUCACUUGAAGACGUCGGUGAUUCCAAUUUAAAGGAAACAAAUCAUUAGAUAGAUGUUCCGUAGAUUAGUAUUUGUGUAAGAACCGACUCCUCAAUGCCAGCAAUAUUUCUCAGUGUUUGGCUGCGUUCUGUUUUCUGCCUUCUCAGUGUUGUCACAGUACUCGAAAACUGUUCGCCUCAAUGCUUCCUUGUUUGAUUGUGUGACUCCCUUAGGCUAGCGGAGUAAAUAACAAACUAACAAACAUAUUCCCACUGAAACAAAUGUGCUUACUUCCUGUGACACAAAUGAAGAAAAAAAAAAAAAACACCAGCUUACAACUCAGCUGUGCUCCUCUGUCGAGUGCAAGGCUACAAAUGUGUGCUACAUCCCGUCAAAGAGCUAUCUAGUUUUUUCUCAGUCCAGCUGCUGAAGUAGAUGUUUUUCAAUGAGAGAGGUGGGGUUUGCAAGAGAGCUUCAGACUCUUUCCUCUGAGCACACGGUCAUCCAAAGAGUGAGCGUCCCACACAGGCAUAAACAAGCUAGCGAACUCUGAAGGUGAACGGCAAAUCUAGAAAAGGAGCUAAAACGGCUCCAAUAAGUAUUUGUCAGUGAUUUUGUCUGUGUGAUUAAUUCGUAUUUGAUUAUUUGAAGUGCUGGAGGAGACCAGUGGAGGUGUGUGUAGACUUAAAAACUGCUUUAAUAGCCAUUGCUUUGUUUGACCUGGGAUUACAUUUAUAUUAAAUGUUCUAGUCCCAUAUUUUGCAAAAUCCUAAAUGUGUAUAUGUAUAUGAAGAGCUGGAUUUAAAAUGUAUGUAUAAAAGGGGAGCUAGAUGAACUGAGUCCUUACUUUGAGUUAAUUACAGAAAAAAAGAGAGAAACAUUUGCUUUCCCUGCUCAUUUAAAGCAAAUAUACCCUCUGCUUGUUCUAAGUGCAGCCUUGCUUUUUUUGAGAAUAAAAACAAUGUUCGGACUGCAGAAUGAUGGUAAAAACUCAGUUCGUCUCGGCCCCUUUAAAGUUUAACGAAACGUGUUUUACUUUUCUCAUUAUUUUGCUGAUGUUGAGAUGCACAUCUUUAUUGCUUUUGCUGUGCCUAAGAAGGAAAAAAAAAAAAACUCCCCUAUAUGUGACUGUGAAUUUUCUCAUGUAGAAUUGAACCUCGUAGAACCUGUGAUACCGUCUCGUCCCGUGCAUUGCCGUAAGUUUUUUCUCUCAAAAGAGUGAUCGGGUGGUGAGUGUUUGGUCAUGCGUGCGAUUAUGAUCGAGUGAGUGUUUGCUUAGGUAAGGGAAUCGAUGUCCAUGUCAACCGUUGUAACAUUCCAGCAGCAGGAGCAGCCACCCCUUUUCUAUUAUCCAAAGCCUCUCAAUAAACAUAUCAUUGUGCCACUUGC